UUUUGCUUCUUCUGUUUGCAGACUUGGCGGAAUGUGGAUGGCAAUGGAAGGAGUGCAAAAGAUCGAGUAUUUUGCCCUCGCCCGUCAGGCAGUCGCCGAGCACAAGAAGAAAUAUCCCGAUUAUGUCUACAACCCAAAAGAGGUCCGCAGACAAAAGCGCCUUCGAGAGCAGGCCCGUGGUAAAAAAUUGAGACGCCUCACGACGGCGCAGACCAGCAGCGCCCGUCCGAUGCCUGCCGAAGAACAUCAAAGAGAAGGAAGAUUCCCACGCACACAAGUUGUCGCUUUGUCAGAGAUUCCAGAAAUGGACGAUAUUCAGUUUACGUCUACUUUGGGAAAUAUGACAAAGCCAAUUUAG